AUGUUCAGUUGUGUGAUUAAUCUGAUCGAUGACAUUAUCUACAAGUGGUACCGGGCUGUCGCUAGGAAUGGGCAUGUAAGUUGGCGAAGGAGGGCGUGGGUGCUUUUUGGCAAGUUUAAAAAAAAAUAGGUAGGAUAAUUUAAACCAAGGGUUUUUGGUGAAAAAAGAGGGGGGGGGGGGUGAAAAUUUUUCCGAAGGCAGACCCCCGAGAAUUUUUAAAAAUUUUUUAAUUGGUUUUUCAAAUAAUUAUGUGCCUUUUAACCCCAAAAAUUUGCUUUGAGUACUACGUUUGGGCUAGGGCUCUGGGCUAUGACUCUGGGCUAGCGCUCAGAGCUAGCGCUAAAGGUUAAGCUAGGCUUAGGCGAAUACUGUUACUUUUAAAAUAAAUUAGUGUCCUGCUACGUAUUUUACACAAAAAAUGAUUUUUCAGAGCGGUCCAUCUAGAGAACAUGUUUUUGCCAACUAUUGUGCUAGGAAGUUCUACGUCGUGUUUCAUAUUCUGUCAAUACACUUACAGUAAGUUGCUAAGUAAAAGAUAAAAAUACAGUAGAAACUCACCCUAAACAAGUCUUCGCAUAAGCUAUAGCCUUGACCUUGUCCAGACCUAGUUCUACCCUAGCUCUACCCUAAAAAUUGCUUGACCUUAACUCAAUUCUGUUAUAACUAUACAUUAGUUUUAUUUUUGCUUUAGUCUAGUAUAGCCUAUCCCACGCGUCCUAUCCUAACGUAUUUUAGCUUUAUCCCAAAAAUAUCCAUGCCUCGUUUUAGUACUAACCUACUCAACCAUACCCAAUAUAUCUUCAUUCCUUUGAAAGUUGCCUAUAACAAAAGCCUCCUAUUUGUUGUUAAAUUAAAUUUUAAAAACAAAAUAAUUAAAUAAUGUUACACUUGUUUUAGAAUAGCAUACCUCAUCAUUUUAUUGUCAAGUCGACACAAUUGGCAAGUAUUUGCUCCCAUUUUAUGCUGUAUAACAUAUCUUUUGACGUAUCUUGGGCUAUUUUUACAAAAACGACUGCUGUUGUUACCUCAUAUACUAUCAGACGUAAGUUUAAUAAUUCCUACCGUACCCCACCUACACUAUUUUACCCUACCCAAUCUAUCCUACUAUUCCCUAACUUAUUUUAGCCUACUGUACCCUCUCUAACCUACUCUAGACAGCCUUAACCUACCCUAACUCGCCCUACCCUACCCAACCUCCCUUUACUUUAUCUUACCAUACUCUACCCUACCCUGUACCAAUCAACUUACAAUAACAUCAACAAACUUUCAGUCAAUUAUCCCCCUCCAUUACUUCAGUAUGAUGGGUAGAUAUUCAAUCAAACAACAUGACUUUACCUUACACAUGGUAAUGGGUGGCCUGAUCGUGCUGAGCGGUGUGUUCCAAUGGUUGUUUUUGUUAGUCAUAUUGAGAGAUUACUGUAGAGUAGAGAAGGAGAACGAACAAGAUGAUCGAGAUUGCUUUUGGGAGAUUGGUCAAGUAGGUUUAUAUUGGCAUUCUUAGUUAGUUAAUAUUGCUAUUACCUUAAAAAUUCGUUUCUAAAUAACUUUAGCUUUAGAAGAAUAACAAAAACUCCUUGAUAUUUUAGGUAUACCUCAUAAUGUUCCUAUUCCCCCUCUUCAUCUACGUUAGGUAUCAUCGUCAUGAUGAAAAGCCUAAAGGUGGUAUCUUUGGUUUCAUUCGCAAAUACACAUUGGAGCCUCGAGGACGAGCACGGUCACGGAAUCGUGAAGAAAGUGACCGAUGUUAUACCUGCAGUGUUAUCAGUCGAUUUCAAGCCAAUUCUAUUAGUAUACCUCAAUAA